AUGUUCAAGUCAUCACCUCGUAGGAAUCAAAGAACAAAAGGUUUCAAAGUAAAGCAUGCUUUGCAGUUAUGUGUUCUGCUUGGUGUUUGCAUCUGGUUGAUUUAUCAAGUCAAGCAUUCUCAUGAGAAAAAGGGAGAGUACAAGAACCAUGUGAAAACUGGGAGUGAUGUACUUAAACUUGGCAGAAAGGAUCUUCGUCCAAUAGUUGAGGAAACUAUCACGAGAGAUGAAACACUUAAAGAAGAUGAGGAAGAAGAUAGCAAGCCAAAUGAAAAUGUGAGAACAAUUAGUGGGGAAGAAGAAUCCCACAACCACUUUAGUGACAGGACAGAACAGGGAACUGACCAUGGUAGUGGAGAGAAGGAAGAUGGGAAGGAGCAGAGUAAUGAAGAAACAGAAAAUGAAAAUAGCCGAGAAGAGAUGAAGGAGGACUCCAACGAUGAUACAAAUACCAAAGAGAAUGAUGAUGAUGUAAAGGAAGGCAACAAAGAGAAUGAAAAUGAACAUAAUUAUCAGAGCAGUAGAAGUGUUGGUGAAAAGACCAAGAAAACUCAAGAGUCAAAAGAUCACAUGAGUGACGAAAAUGGAAAUAUUGAGAAGAGUCUAAAGAAAAAAAUUGAGGGGGAUGGUGAAGGCAGUAGUGACAUGGAAAAUAAAGGGCAUGGAAUAGAACAUCACAGUAAUGAUGAUAAUAAUGGAGAAAAUAAGGAGGAAAGAGAGAAGAAUUACAAUGGAGAUGAUGUUUCUAGUGCAUUGGUCCAUCAACAUCAUAUUGUUGUACAUGGAGAAAAAGAGCAUGGGAAACCAGAGGAGAACGACGAGUCAGAGACCAAAAAGAAAAGUGAGAAGGUAGCAAAUAAUGGUUCUUCUAGCUCAUCAAAAGUAGAAGUGGGAGGUAAUGAGACGACCAAACAUGAGUCGUCCACAACUGAAGAAACCCAACGAGAUCAGGUAGAUUCAAACUCAAAUUUUGGUCACACAUCCUUACAUAAUGCAGAAGAAAACACUCAGAAUCAAGCUGAAACAUUCACACAACAUGCAGACGUAAAUUCUCAGGAUCGAGUUGAAAUAUCAUAUGGUUCAUCAUCUGAAGAGGAGAAGGUAUCCAUGAAUAAGGCUCCACCAAAGCAAAUAGAAAAAUUGGAUACAUAUAACAGCCAACAACCAGAUUCAACUAUAUCAGAGAAUGGAGAAUCCACUAAUCAACAAUCAAGUGUAAAUGACAACUCAUGGGAACAGUAUGAAAUCCCCAAUAACCAUGUGCCAAAUAUGGAUGAAAAUGAAGAUGUUGGUCAAAAGGAACAAGAUGAUUCUUUGCAAUCCCAAGAGCAAUCGACAACCUCAAACACAAAUAAUGAUGCCAAAGCUCACCAAGGUUCUUCGAAAUUAUUAAACACGAAAGCAAACAGUGCAUAUAGUAAUGGUGCAGACUAUAAUACUAGUGUGAGGCAAAAAGAGCAGGUCUUAUUUGGAAGUGGAGACAGAAACAAGAAUAAGGAGAAUAAUUUUGUGUAUAGCCAUGUAAAAGAAGACAACAAGUCAAAGAAAGAUGGUGUCAGCCACAAUGGUGAUAAGAAUGUUAUAGAUAGAAACAUAGGUGAAAAUGACAGCAAUGAGAAUAAAAAUAAAGGUGAAACUCAAACAGAGAAGGUCACUUCUGUGGGCAGUGAUGCUAGACAGAACGAUGAUGACAACGGAAAUGGAAACAAUGGUGCGGGCGAAGGACAAGAAGUUAACUCGUCUGGGUCUUCGACAGUGAACCAACAUGAUCAUAAUGAAUCAUCAUCAGAAUCAAAUAGUGGCAUAGAAGAGAUACAGAGUGUCUCAGUUGAUUCUUCGAGUUCGUCAGUUUCUCAAGAAGAGAAAGAGGCUCGUACAGAUUUGUCGACACUACCGCAAACAAGAAAUGAAGAUGUAGAUAUUGCUCAUUCAGCAGCUGCCGAAUGA